CAGCCAAAGUGGCUAGUGGAAAUGGCAGUCUUUACCCGCCACAGCUGAAAUCUACCUGCAUUUGGUGGUUUGGCGAGUAUUAAUGUCAAGCCCUAAUUACAACUAUAACCAAUAUGUAAUAUUAUAUGAAGGCAGAAAGUGAAAAUAGCUCGAUUCAAAUGAUCCAAAAUAGUUGUCAUUACUUUAUUUUGCAAUUUCUAGUAUUGCCUUCUUUUCACCGUCAUUUAAUAAUUUUGCAACUUUUCAGUCCAAGUUAUAUUUUUAUCAGUAAAACACCUGAAUUUAAAGCAUUUUUUACUUUGAGUGUUGUCAGAAAAUUAUAUAUCAAUAAUGAAUGAUGAAUACAAAAGUAGUAGUGGUUCUUAAGAUUGAUGUGGUCUGGAAUUGGUAAUAUGUGCUUGGGAAAAAAUUUCUCAAUAUUAACUUGCAUCAUUAUUUUGCAUGAAAUGUAUUUUGUGUAUUUGAAUCAUGCACAUAAACAACCAAAAUUUAAUAUGUGUCUUUCAACACUAUGGGGCUCUAGGUUCUUGCAGCUUAAAAAAAAUGUACCUGAUAGUGGAGUUCAUUCACGAAGGGAGUACCGGACCUGUCGCAAAGUCUUGGUACUCAGAGGGUCACUCGUGGUGGCCUCCAUACAAGGAGAUAGACAGGGUGUUGAAGAGUGUCCGGUUGAUGGAGGCACCACAACCAGAUAAAGGUUGGACCAAGCAUCAGGCCAGAAUUCUACACGAGUCAGCAUCUUUUGACAAGAUUUCAAAGAAAUGGAAACAGGCAUGCUACACAUCUGACAUCUCGGAAUCUGAAAUGCCUGCAAAAAGAAUUCCGAAAAAGAAAAUAUACACAUCAGAUGAUGAGCCUUGCGAUACUCCCCACAAAAAAAAGAAACUAAAUAAAGAAAAAAGUCUACCAACACCAAGGGUCCCACCUGCACCAAAAGCUCCAACACCCCCAAGACAUAUCAGGGCAAAAGGUCCCCUUGUACGACCUCAGCUAACAUCAUGUAAAACAAUUAACAGUUUUUGCAAUUCAUUUGUCCGCGACCAACAAAAAGCUACAGAAAAGCAACAGCAGGCCUGUUUUGAAACUCCCUCCACUAGUCAAGUUUCAGCUCCAGACGUACCUGUGAGGUUCUGCCAGGAAGUGGAGCACCAAGACACUUGGGAUAAACCCCAACCUGAAAAUCAAGAGGACACAUUUUCUGUGCUGCGGCCUUUACAAGACAGAGCACCACACAACACAUACUCUGUCCAAGAUCCAAAGCCAUCAGCAGAUCAAAGAAAAAUGCAGACACCAGUUUUUCCAAUAAGCAUGUCCCAUGUAAAUGAGCAAGAAGAUGCUUGGGGGGACCACCCAUCGAGCUAUCGAGAAGACACAACUUCUGAGCUGAGACCUUCAAGUACCCAGACAAGAGCGAAGAAUGCUUCUGGUAUCAGCCGAUGGAGCUGCAUCUCCAGUCAAUGCACACCUGUGGAGAGGGCAAUUUUGGAGAAGCUUAAUGAGCUGGACAUGAAGAUUACCCAUCUAACUUCAGUGGUCCAGUCCCUUGCCCCUCGGUCAAGUGGUCAAAUGGUGGUGGACACUGAGGAUGACACCUUUCCUAUUGAAACAAUGGAGGACCUUGAACAACUGGAAAGGCAAUUAGCUGAAAAACCAAUGAUGGAGAAGAUGAUGAAGAGGUUAUCCAUCAGAGGAGGACAAACUCUGAAAAAAACCAUUUGGCGUGUAGCCUCCAAAGUGUUUGGUCCAGUGGCCAAACAGCUCAACUGGAAGAGGAGAUAAAAGAGGCCUAAAAAACACAAAUAUUGGGACACUUGUGAUAGGUGCAGCUAUGAGGAACCCCGUGCUUCCGUCUCCAACAGAGGCAGAAGCAGAAAAAUAUUUGAAAGAC